AUGCAAAACAAAAAAAUAGCACAUAUAGUAAGAAUAGAAAUGUUUGAAGAAAAAAUAGAUAGAUUAGAUUUAAUAUUUACCAAAUAUGUAGAAUAUAAAUUUCCUUUAUAUUUAUUAGGAAAAUUAUGGUUAUAUAAAUUUAUAAGACGAAAAUUUAAUUUAAUAGGACCUUUAAAUGAACAAAUUUUAAGUCCAUAUUUACAAUUUAAUUUAUAUUUUGAUAAAUCGAAAGCCCGAAAGGAAACGUUUAAAGUAUAUUUAGGAAAAAUUGGAUUUGUUUUAUUACAUGUUUUUUAUUUAAGUUGUAUUGCAUAUUAUGAUAGUUUUUUAUAUGCCAAAGUAAUGAAUGACUGGUUAGAAGAAGUUAUGAGAACAAGAUAUUAA